UAAAGUUAAAAAGGCCAGGUCUGCUUAUAGGAGAAAAUUAUUCAAAAUUCCCCGAAACUGGAUAAUUAGGGGGAAAAAUGUACACAAUUAAGUUCUUUCUCAUUAUUGUUCCUCUAGUUCUUUCUUCCAGAACUGAUCAAGACAAUUUAUCAUUUGAUUUUAUAUCUUCAGAGUCAAAAUCAAGAUUUGCUAUGUUAGAUGAUGUAAAAAUUUUAGGUAAUGGCCUCCUUCAGUUGGGACACGGUCUUAGAGACUUUGUCCAUAAGAUUAAGGGCCAAAUUAAUGACAUAUUUCAAAAACUCAACAUAUUUGAUCAGUCUUUUUAUGAUCUAUCACUGCAAACCAAUGAAAUUAAAGAAGAAGAAAAAGAACUGAGAAGAAUUACAUCCAAACUACAAGUUAGAAAUGAAGAAGUGAAGAACAUGUCACUGGAACUCAACUCAAAACUUGAAAGCCUCUUAGAUGAAAAAUUUCUACUUCAGCAAAAAGUGAAAUAUUUGGAGGAACAAUUAACUAAUUUAAUUCAAAAUCAACCUGACAUUCAGGAUCACCCAGAAGUAACAUCACUUAAAACUUUUGUAGAACAGCAAGACAACAACAUCAAAGACCUUCUCCAGACAGUGGAACAACAAUAUAAACAAUUAAACCAACAGCACAAUCAAAUAAAAGAAAUAGAAAACCAGCUCAGAAGGACUGGCAUCCAAGAACUCACAGAAAAUUCUCUUUCUUCUAAACCAAGAACACCAAGAACUACCCCCAUUCUUCAGCUGAAUAAAACAAAAAAUGUAGAACAAGAUGAACCGGGAAUUGGACUCGGGCCCCUGCACUUGCCAGACUUUCCUGCUGACUGUGCCACCAUUUAUAAGAGAAGUGAACACAGAAGUGGCACAUACGCCAUUAGACCCAGCAACUCUCCAGCGUUUAAUGUCUACUGUGACGUUAUGUCAGGCAGUUCAUGGACAUCAAUUCAACACCGAACAGAUGGAUCACAAAAUUUCAAUGAAUCUUGGGAGAACUACAAAUAUGGUUUUGGGAAGCUUGAUGGAGAAUUUUGGCUGGGUCUAGAGAAGAUAUAUUCCAUAGUGAAGCAAUCAAAUUACACUUUACGAAUUGAACUGGAAGACUGGAAAGACAACAAAUAUCAUGUUGAAUAUUCUUUUCACUUGGGAAACCAUGAUACCAACUACAUGCUGCACCUGGCUGAGAUGACAGGCAAUGGCCCCAAGGUGUUCCCAGAACACACCGACUUGGUGUUUUCCACGUGGGGUCACAGAGCAGGACACCUGAACUGCUCGGAACACUAUUCAGGCGGCUGGUGGUGGCGUGAUGUAUGUGAUGAAAACAACCUACACGGCAAAUACAACAAACCAAGAGCAAAAUCUAAGGCAGAGAAGAGGAGGGGAAUAUGGUGGAGGUCUCAAAAUGGAAAGCUAUACUCUAUUAAAUCAACCAAAAUGUUGAUUCAUCCAAAAAAUGUAGAAAGCAUUGAAUGAACUGAGGAAAAUUCAACAACAAUAAAUUAAAUAUUAAACUCAUUUCAAAUUUC